AUGAAUAAUGAGAACGACCAAGUUCAAAUAGCAAAUGAUAUAUCUAUAUGCAAAAAUGUAUUAUCUCGUGUUCAACUAACAGGGCAAUUAUUAUGUUGUCAGGACGGCAAAUGUGUAGCAAAACAACAAGGUGCUGAUUGUCCUCCUAAUAUUGAUCGCACUUUGGCUCGUUGUCAAAAUAUUGUUUUUUCUG